AUGUACUCUACUUUUGUUCGCCUCGCAGAAUCUGUGACCACUAAGCCUUUGAACCUGCGCCAGGCCAGUGUCACGCUAUACCCCCCAAUUCCCCUGUACCGCAGACUACUGAGGGCGCACCGGAGGCUCCCGGUCGAAAUGCGAUCGCUGGGUGAUGACUAUGUCAAAGCAGAGUUCAGAAGGCAUAGAGAGAUUACCAAUCCAGUACACGUCAUGGGAUUUCUGACACAGUGGAAGAUGUACUUGGAUGAGCUACCUCGAGACCCGUCGGACUCGAGAAGCUUCAAAAAACUAGACCCCACGGUAUUCGAAAAGAUGUCUGCGGAACAACUUGGACAGUUGUACGAGUUUAUGCACGCGACUAAGGAGAUAUGGAAACCGGUGAACGGCGAACAGGCCGAUUAA